AUGAAUCAUGUUGAAAAUCCUCCAGAAGAGAUCAUAGCUCUUAAUCUGCUCAAUCCAGAAAAUGGACAGUUGAAUACAGCUUUGGAGCAGAGGAGAUCUUCCCACAACGAAGGUCCAGGAAGAAACAAACAGAAUGCUGGCAGACGUAAAUUGAAGCUUGACAAGAAAGCUAGAAGAGUAAUUAUCGUACGAAUAAAACAGUUGCAAGCUACAACACAAGAGUCGAACGCUACAUCCGCCUCAGAACAGUUGCAAGCGACACCCGCCUCAAAACCAUGCCCCCAAGACUGGAUUAUGAAUGCAGAAUCAUGCUACUUUUUCUCUGUUACUGAAAGCACUCUGGAAUCAGCCUACAGAAACUGCUCUUCAUCUGGUGGCUCCCUGACUGUGAUGCGCAAUGUUCAGGAAGAGACCUUCAUAAAUAAGAAGAAAGACGGUACUGAGUAUUGGCUUGGGUACCGAAGAGAGAGCAUAGGAGACCCCUGGAAACAGCCGGACGAGUCAGAUUUUGAUGAAUGGUUUAAAAUCAAAGGGGACGGCCUUUGUGCCUCCCUCAAUGAUGGUGUGGUGAGCUCCACGGACUGCGACAGCCAGAUCAGCCUGCGCCGCUGGAUAUGUAAACGUCCCCAGACUGUUUAA